AUUUUGUUACCACAAUAAUAUUUAUACUGAGUAAUAUUAAGUAGAAUAUUGUUUCUUAGAUAAAUUAUAAAGCAUGUAGAGACACCCUAAUCAUAGUUCACUAUCUACCAAUCAUAUCGUAACGUAACUGAUUAUAAUAAUAACCUAUUUAGAUCUUUUUAUGCAUAGUAGUGGUAGUAUUUUGAUUACAUAUCUCAGUCAACGACUUUAUAUUACUGUGCGAAAAUGGCUAAAUCGGUAGUGAGUGAUCUGCUUAGCAUAUUCAAAAGUGGCGUAACUGCAGUACUUCCUGUUAAUCUUGUAAAGAAGUCUGUAAAAUACAAUCCAGAGACCCAGCAACUGGCAAUAAAUGGAGAUAAAUUCAAUUUACAAAACAAGAAUGUUUAUAUGGUUGGCACUGGUAAGGCGGUACAAAAUAUGGCCAAAGAAGUUGAAGGCAUCUUAAGUUCUAAAAUCAAACAGGGAAUCAUAAGCAUUCCAAUUGGAAGUUUGAAUCAAAGUGCAAUAAACACAAAUAUUGUUUACUAUGAAGGAGCUAAAAACAAUCUUCCAGAUGCCAGCGCUGAAGCUACAGCUCUUAAGAUUAAAGAACUAGUCACAGGUCUUGGAUGUGAUGACCUGCUAUUAGUUUUAAUAUCUGGUGGAGGUUCUGCCCUUUUGCCAUUGCCAAAGCCUCCCAUAACUCUAGCUGAGAAAACAGCAUUGAUUAAGAAUUUAGCAAAUUCUGGUGCCGAAAUAACUGAAAUAAAUGCAGUCCGUAAAAGGCUGUCUGAUUUGAAAGGUGGUAAAUUAGCAAUAAAAGCACAACCUGCUCAAGUUGUGUCUUUAAUACUAUCAGAUAUUGUUGAUGACCCUUUAAGCUUAAUAGCCAGUGGCCCUACUGUUGAAGAUGAGGAUGAUUCCACUAUAGCUAUUGAUAUAAUUAAAAAAUACAAAUUGUAUGACCAACUUCCAGAGUCAAUUAAAAAAGUUAUAAAUGAAACUAACAAUCAUGAACAGUUUCCAAAAAGUAAUGUUAGCAACCAUGUCAUAGGGUCCAAUAAGGUCAGCAUAGCUGCAGCAAUGAAAGAAGCAAAAGACUUGAAUUAUGUGUCCAUUCCUAUUUCUAAUACAAUAACUGGAAAUGUUAAAGAUGUUGCCACAGAAUAUGGAAGAAUGACGAAACUUUUCUGUUCAUAUUUAAAAGAGAAGCAAAGCCUAAAGGAGUUUAAGGAGCAAUUAAAGCACUGCAAAAUACCUGGACUUGAAAUAAAAGACUUGGAAAAUGAUUUAAUGGGUAUAAAAGAUAAAGAUGUGUGUUUAAUACUAGGUGGAGAGAUAACGGUAGAAGUUAAAGGUUCAGGAGUCGGAGGCAGAAAUCAACAGUUAGCCUUAGAAUUUUCUGAGCUGAUUCACAAUUCAAGAAAAGAAUUCGAAGAUUUUGAUAUUUUCUUUUUAAGUGCUGGCACAGAUGGCAUUGAUGGGCCAACUGAUGCUGCUGGAGCCAUAGGAUACUUGGAUUUAAUAUCAGAUGCCCAAGAAGAUAAGUUCAACACUCAAACAGUGUUAUCAGAAAAUGAUUCCUACACCUUUUACAAGAAGUUCAAAAAUGGAAACUAUCAUGUCAUUACUGGGCAUACAAAUACAAAUGUCAUGGAUCUACAUGUCAUCAUAAUUAAAAGAAAAUAAUAAAAUGUAUGUGAUGUUAUAAACUUUAUUUACAAUGAUGGUUUCAAAAA